AUGGUCAAGUCAUAUUUAAGAUUCGAACCGUGGAAAACCUUUGGCAUCAUUUCCAGUGCCACUUCAAACGUAGUCUUCUUCGGAGAAGGUACGUCUGCAGUUGUUCCCGCUUUAGAAGACAAGAGGAGAUGGAGUGACAUUGAUAACAAAUCAGAAGUGACGGCGAUAACAAAAAGUCCAAACAAUUGCGAUUAUGCUGUUGGGUAUGCUGAUGGAUCAAUUCGGAUAUGGAAUGUGGAAAAAUCAACCAAUUCACUCGUCUUUAAUGGUCACCGAGGCGCGGUGACCGCCUUGACAUUCGACAAGAGUGGGACGAGAUUGGCGUCCGGAUCAAAGGACACUGAUAUAAUUCUCUGGGAUAUAGUUGGUGAAGUAGGACUUUUUAGGAUGCGCGGUCACAAGGAUCAGGUCACAUCCUUGCGAUUCCUUCCUAGAUCCUUGUCGGGUGGUGCAAUCAAGGCAGACGACACUUUAUCACCCGGCUAUCUUAUUUCAUCUUCGAAAGACACUCUUUUAAAGUUGUGGGAUCUUAGCACUCAACAUUGCAUGGAAACUGUGGUGGCACAUCGUAGUGAGGUGUGGGAUUUUGAUAUAUCAAGGGAUUGGAAGAUGUUGGUAACCGGAGGUGACGAUAGUGAAAUGAAAGUUUGGACAAUUGAUCAUAAUGUACUCGCAAGAGGUUUUGAAAUGGAAAGGGAUAAAGACGAAGAGAUUGAAAGAGCCAUCAAAUUUUAUGGAAAUGUGAAAAGACAAGGCAAAGAUCGAGUCAUCACAUUAAAAUUCCAUCCCGAUGCUAGUCUGUUGGGAGUACAGGGCCCAGAAAAAUACGUCGAGAUCUUUCGAAUAUACACCCCAGAAGAAAUAAGAAAGAAAAUCGCACGUCGUAAGAAACGACAGAAAGAAAAAAAACAAAAGUCUGGGGUCGUUGAUAUGGACGAAGACGUUGAAAACGAUGACGAGAAAAUUAGCGCGAGCGAUUUGAUAAGUCCAUAUAGAAUCGUUCGUUCAGGAGGAAAGAUACGUUCUUUUGAUUUCGCGGAAAAUGGAAAUAUUCCAAGAGCCGACUCUGCACAUGUCCUUAUAUCUUUGACAAGCAAUGCGCUCGAACUACACAUGUUAGAUCUGCCCUCAAAAAAUAAGGAGAAAAGAUUGAAUGAACCGGAAAAGCUUUAUUCUCUGGACAUACCUGGUCAUCGUAACGAUAUUAGGGCGCUGGCAUUGAGUUCUGACGAUGAACUGUUGUGUUCUUGUUCGAAAAGUGAUCUUAAACUUUGGAAUGUUAAAUCAUCUUCGUGUAUCAAAACGAUGGAGUGCGGAUAUGCCUUGUGUUGCUCGUUUUUACCAGGAGAUCGUUACGUCAUUGUCGGUACAAAAUCUGGACACCUGGAGUUAUUUGAUCUCGCGUCCUCAUCUCUAAUUGAAUCCAUAGAGGCACACAGUGGUCCCAUAUGGUCUUUGCAAGUUCGCCCUGACAAGCGCGGAAUGGUUACUGGUAGCGCUGAUUCGAAUGUCAAAUUUUGGGAUUUUGACUUUUCGAUAGAGAACGUUUCGGAGGAAAAUGAGACGAGAAGCCGUCGGUUGAACUUAAUUCACACGCGCACCCUGAAAUUAUCUGACGACGUCUUAUGUGUCCGCUAUAGUCCAAAUCAGAAAUUGAUAGCGGUUGCGUUGUUGGACGCAACCGUCAAGGUAUUUUACAAUGACACACUGAAGUUCUUUCUGUCAUUAUAUGGUCACAAGCUGCCUGUGUUAUCGAUGGAUAUUUCUUCAGAUAAUAAGUUGUUAGCGACAGGUUCGGCAGACAAAAAUAUUAAAAUAUGGGGUCUUGAUUUUGGCGACUGCCACAAAUCGAUUUUUGCUCAUCAAGAUAGCAUAAUGUGCGUUCAAUUCGUGAUGAACACGCAUUAUGUUUUCUCAUCGAGUAAGGACCAGUUGAUUAAAUAUUGGGAUGGAGAUAAGUUCGAAAACAUCAUGAAACUCGAAGGGCAUCACGGGGAAGUAUGGGCCUUGGCAAUCAGUAAGCGUGGAGACUUACUUGUCUCUGGAUCUCAUGAUCGAUCCAUAAGAGUGUGGGAGCAGACAGAAGAACCGUUGUUUCUCGAAGAAGAACGAGAGAAGGAAAUGGAAGAACUUUACGAGUCCACGUUGACAGCCACCAUGGAAAAAACCAGCCUCGAGGAUAAUAUCGCGGGAAAGCAAACUAUGGAAACGCUCAAAGCUGGUGAACGUAUAAUCGAGGCACUAGACGUCGCGGACGAAGAUGCAGCAAACUGGGAAACCUAUUAUCAAAUCAAACAGAGAGGUCAAGAUCCUGGACCGCCACCAAAACCGAAUCCCGUUCUUGUUGCACUUGGAAAUUUGACAGGAGAACAGUAUGUACUUAGAACCGUAGAGAAAGUCAGGUCUUCGGAGUUGGAUGAGGCCCUGUUGGUCUUACCAUUCAUCAAAGUUAUUUCUUUACUGGGAUGGAAUAUAGCAUUGACCUGCCGAAUAUUAAUUCACCUUCUCAAAGUUCAUCACGAUCAAUUCGUGGCCAACCGAUUGUUGAGACCAAGAUUGGAUUCUCUCCGAACCCAUAUUCGUGCCUCGCUAAAACUUCAAAAGGAAAUGCAAGGUUACAAUCUAGCAGCACUCAGUUAUAUCAAACAUGACUGGGAAUCAAAUAAUUCGGCCGAGUUUCUUGAAGAGUCACCAGAAGACGGUGAAUUAGAAAACGGAUCGUCAAAAAAACGGAAAUUUAUAAAUUUGGCAACGUGA